AUGGUGUACGGUCAGAUCUUCCAUCAGCACAGCUCUGACGACUGCUUCAUCAAUGUCAACGUUGGAGGUUUCAAACAGAGGAUGGAGCACACCGUGCUGAGAAAAUUCCCACAGACACGCCUCGGACGUCUCCUGUGUUGCAGCUCCACAGAGGCGAUCCUGGAGCUCUGCGACGACUUUAGUCCCUCUGAGAUGGAGUACUAUUUCGAUCGCAACCCUCGAUUCUUCUGUUACGUCCUCAACUUUUACCUCACAGGUAAAAUCCACCUGGUUGACGGACUGUGUGUAGUCUCAUUUUGUCAAGAGAUUGAGUAUUGGGGCAUAAAGGAGCGUCACCUGGACUUCUGCUGCAGCAACAAAUUCUAUGAGCUGAGGGAGCUCUCUGAGGACAAGUGCUGGGAUCAGAGGAGCGACGACCUGCAGCCCCACAGCUCAGACUCCUCCAGUGAGGAGCUGUCGGCUGUGGAGGAGAACAUAGAAAUGUUUGAAGGCUCCUGGUGUGCAGAUGUCCGCAGGAAUAUCUGGAUUCGACUUGAGAAUCCAGGUUACUCCACUUCAGCCAAAGCGAUGGCCGUGGCCUCCCUAAGCAUGGUUAUCGUCUCCAUUGUGGCCAUGUGCGUUCACAGCAUGCCGGACUUCCAUCAGGUGGACGCCAAUGAAAAAGAGAUCGAGAACCCAGUGCUGUCGUUCUUUGAGAACCUCUGUGUGCUCUUCUUCUCUGCAGAGUUUAUUCUUCGUUUGGUGGUUGCUCCAUCAGCCAGGAAGUUCUUGUGCAGCCCUCUCAAUAUUAUUGACUUAAUGUCAGUUAUACCCUUCUAUGUGACUAUAGCCUGUGACAUAAUGGAUGAAGGUGAAAGCACAGAAUUGGAGAACGUUGGCAAGGUGGUGCAGAUCUUGAGGUUGAUGCGAGUGUUUCGCAUCCUAAAGCUGGCUCGCCAUUCGGCUGGCCUCCGCUCUCUCGGCGCCACGCUGCGGCACAGCUCCCGCGAGGUUGGGCUGCUGGUGCUUUUCCUGUCUGUGGGCAUCUCCAUGUUCUCGGCUCUCAUUUACUUUGUAGAGAAGGAAUCUCAAGAGUCAGAGCUGCAGACUAUCCCCAUUGGCUGGUGGUGGGCCACCAUUAGCAUGACCACAGUGGGCUACGGUGACACCUUCCCCGUUACGCUUGCUGGGAAACUGAUAGGAACCCUGUGCAUCAUCUGUGGACUGCUGAUUGUAGCUCUGCCCAUUACUAACAUCUUCAACAAGUUCUCCAAGUUCUACCAGAAGCAAAAACACAUAGAUCUCAGACAAAGCAAUCACUGA